UCGAAAUGCUGACUCGACGAACUUGGCUACCAACCGAAUGAACGACCGGCGACCGAGGACGAGCGUUGUUAACAGUGUGAAAGUAUCGACAUUAUGCCGAGCACGAAGGAUUCUUACGGUGAAGACGUGUCUCUUCUCUACCCGGAUAACCAGAACGAUAAGUUCAAUAGAUUCUCAGAAACGCACUGCGAGACACCGAUAAUUAAAGGUGUAGUGAACCAACUAAGAAAAUGGCCGACGGAUUUGUUCUUCGCAUUUCUAGCAGCCUGUCUGAUACUCGGAAGUCUUGUAUUUCUAAUAUUUGUCACGGUAGCUGUUUCUUUGCCAACCGUCGUUUGCUGUCGAGAGGAAGAAAUGGCGAUGUUAGAAAUGGGACCAUCACCCAGCGUCUAUUUCCUUAAAUUGGGGAACCAAAACUGGUCCACCAUGGACCUUUGCUAUAUCGAAACCGCUGCUUACAGACAUCCCGAUUUAAAUAUAUAUUUGAUAAAAUUAACGAGGGAGGAGCCUUUUGGAGCGAGUUUCAACGAGUCCAUCGUAAAUAAAACAAACUCGGAAUCCAGACAAUAUGAUUCUUCGUUGCUAACUAUGGAAGAUAAAUUGAGAGAAAGAUUAGCACGUGCUAAUUCUAAUAUAAAGAACAUCAAUGUCUCCAUCGACAGAUUUUUCAAAGGCUCGAAAUUAUCGAAAAUCGUAAGAGAAUUAAACGACGAAACGCUGGAAAUUGCAGCCAAAUCCCAGUUACUUUGGAGUGUUCCUGGAAUUGCUAUCCAACCAAAUAUGUUCUGCAAUUUAGACUCUAUGAAAGAGUUUCUUUGCAACAGGAAGAAAGAGAAUCAAGAGGAAUGUCUGCCAGAUAAACUGGCAACUAUUGAACCAGAUAACGAUAUUCAGAUAACAGGAGUUCCAUGCCAGGCUUUCAUGGGAUUCCUUUUGCAAGAAAUAUCGAAGAAAUACCAGAAUGGAAAAUUCACGUUAAGAGAAGCUUUAAAGAAAUAUUGUCCAAGAUCGCAUUAUUGCCCGGAAAUCCGGAUUCUCGACACGAAGACAAAAUGUCCAACCGAUGCUUUAAAUUGCCCUCUGAUUUAUUCCAGCAUUCUGAUGCACGAUUAUCUGAAUCUCGAAAAUCUUAUAACGUGACAAUACUUUAUUAAUAAACUGUACACGUGUAGUUUACAAAAUACAAAAUACAAAAUACGCUGUAUCAAAUUUA